CAAUGAAGUGAUGUUUGUAUUUUUUUCAAAUUCCGAUUAACCAUGUUUGGAUAUUUAUUUUUGCGAUUGAAAAUUUCGAGUGGGCUUUCGAGGCAAAUUUUAAACCGGAUUAUAAUCAGGAACGUCGCUUAUAUCGAUACAAAAGCGAAAGUCCGUGGAUUAGGCAAAAAACGCGAUUCGGAAGACUCCGAUAAGACCCCGGAAAGCUCCGAAAGUAAUCCAGAAGCGACCGAAAUAGGAUCGGAUAAUGCAGGUGCACAUAGAAUCCAAUACACCCCUUCCUUCGAAGAACUCUCGAAGGAGAAAGCCCUUCAAUACAUCACGGAGAUGACGCGCAUCAGGAAACUGGAACAGCAGGCCCAACAGGUGUAUUUGCAACGAAAGAUCCGAGGAUUCUGCCACCUGUACAUCGGAGAAGAAGCCUGCGCGGUGGGCGUGAAAGCCUCGAUGCGCCCCGACGACACCAUAAUCACCUCGUACAGAUGCCACGCCUGGGCGCUGCUCAUGGGCGAGUCCAACGAGAACGUUCUGGGCGAACUGAUGGGCAAAACCGUCGGCUCGUCGCGAGGAAAAGGCGGUUCGAUGCACAUAUACGGCAAGAACUUCUUCGGAGGCAACGGUAUCGUCGGGGCCCACGUGCCCCUCGGAUCGGGCAUCGGUCUGGCGCACAAAUACAGGGACAAAGGGGCCGUGUCUUAUACGAUAUUCGGUGACGGGGCCACCGAUCAGGGGCAAACGUUCGAAUCGUACAACAUGGCCCUGUUGUGGAAUCUACCCGUGGUUUAUAUAGUCGAAAACAACAGGUACAGCAUGGGUACGGCUAUAAAACGACAUUCGGCGAACACCAAUUACUACACGAGAGGAGACCUCAUUCCGGGCAUUAAAGUCAACGGUAUGGAUUUGGAAUCUGUGUUAGACGCAGCGAAAUUCGCCUCCGAAUACGUUAGAAAAGAGAAGAAACCGAUGUUAAUACAGCUCGAUACUUACAGAUACCGUGGACAUUCCAUGUCGGAUCCGGGCACCAGUUACCGAACAAAAGAGGAAGUCAAAAAGGUAAUGGACGAGCAAGAUUGCAUCAAGAAUUUCACCAAGAAAAUGAUAGACAAGCAACUCGUGACGCAGGAGGAGAUAAAGGCGAUUGACGAUAAGAUCAAGAAGGACGUGAAAGAGUGUCUGGAUAAAUGCGAAAAGGCGCCGGAGCCCGGCAUCGACGAAACCUACAAGGAUGUGUAUUUGCUGUACAACAGUAAAGUGAGAAUGCCGGGUAUGUUUAUGCUGAUGGACCAUCAAAAUGUCAGCCAUUUGGUGUCGAAAGGGGCCUCGGAGGCGAAACCGGCCGGUGCUAAGGACAAAGUCGUUGCUAAGGACAAGGCCGGUAAAGAGGAGAAGAAACCGGAGCCGGCCAAGAAGGAGGAGAAUGUCGGUAAAGAAAAAACUAAAAAGAUCAAAUAAACACAUCGAAUCGAAUCAUCUGUUUGGAAAUUGAAAUGUAAAAUAUUUAGAUGUAAAAGAGUAGUUAAUAACAGGUACUUACGUAUUUUCUUUUUGAUUUUAUUG